ACGAGCUGAGAGGGAAGAACAAUUCAGCAUCGCAGCCUUCAGGUACACUGACAGAGACACGCUGACAGGAUGCAGAACGCAGUGGUUCUGGUUUCUCUGCUGCUCCUGGGAUGGACCUGGACCCUGCAGGGGCUCCCGGUGCUCCCAGAACCUCUUUACCCCACACAGGAGAACUUUGAUGUCACCCGGUUUUUGGGAACAUGGCACGACCUUGUUGUGGCGACUACGUGCACUUACAUGCAGCGCAACAGAGGAGAUGCAGCCAUCGGAAAGCUGGUUGUGCAGAGAGGUGCCACCGAAGGCAAACUCAAGACCACGAAGACGGGGCUCAGAGGUGGUACAUGUAAGGAGAUGACCGGGGACUACGAGCUGACAGACACACCAGGACGAUUCUUCUACCACAUCGAGAAGUACAAUGCAGACGUGGACGCCUACGUGGUUCACACAAACUACAACGAGUACGCCAUCGUGAUAAUGAGCAAGAAGAAGUCAACGGGCACCAGCACCUCGCUCAAGCUUUACA